AUGUCAUUUGAUUUCAGGUUGGUUUUCAGAAAAAAAUAAUUUUUUUGAAAUAAAAUAAAAACUGUGAGUGUGGGAUUUAAUUGGCAAGUACGAUUUGAUUUCUUGACAAACUUCGGACCGCCCACAAAGAAAAUUAUUUAAGGGCAGAGCUUCGCUGAGGAAAAGGACUUGAACAAUUUAUUCAGUUUUCUGAAGGAAGUAGAAUUAGAUAUCAGAAUGACAUUAUUAGGAAUCCAUAUUUUCCCUAAUUAUUUCUAAUCCAAGUUCGAAUUUCUUCUUCUUCUAAAUCAUCAUAGUUCAAAAACAUACAUCAUUUUUUUUAUUUUAUAUUUUUUUUGGCUGUCCUAGGAUACUUCACAUUUUCUUAAGCAAAAAUCCAAAAAUCCUCUUAAAUGUCUUCUAUUCUUUUUCUUUUUUCUCCCCACAUUCUCCAAAAAUUCAUCUAAUAUCCGGCCGGAAAUUAAAACUUUUUUAUGCAUUUGCAUUACAUAAUAAUAAAACAAUAAUGAAAUCUUGUUAAUCCAAUUUUCUUGCGUGUUAUAGAAAACAGAAAAAAAUGUUUUGGAGGAGGAAAAGUCUAAUCUUUUCGAAUUCUUUUUCCAGUUCUGUCGUUUCUAUAGAGAAAAAUAUAUAUGAAAAAUGAAUUCUCUCUAUAAGAGAAGAAUUUAUGGUCCACAUAACAAUUCUAUUUUUCUCAUUAUUAUUGUUUUUAUUCCUGUUUUUAUUUUAUUUUCAGACGAAAGUUGAGCGAUUCGCGAAGUUCUUCCGAUUCGUGUUCGGAAGUUAUUGGAUCUCAAAAAUCGACAAUGUUGGAGCCAACUCUUUUGCCAAUUUCGGUUAGUUUAGAAGGGUCUAGUUGAGUCGUGGAAGAGAAAACCAAAAUACAAUAAUUUGGUUUUCUAGGCCAUAUCAGUUUUCAUUCCAGGGCCAAACACUUUCUUCCUGAAAAUGACGUGGGAAGAUUUUUGAUACUGUAGAUUUUUCGAAGAUUUUUUUUAGAAUUCUGAAUUUCAACCGUAGUUCAGAAGAUUCUAUUAAAUUAAUUCUAAAAUUUGAAAAUUAAAAACUUCAAAAGAUUUCAGAACUUUUUUCUAGAAUUUCGAAAAAUCUAGAUUUCAUGGCUGUAAUUUUCAGAGUCAUUCUCGCUACAAAAUCCAUUUCAAGAAGCUCUGAAUUUAAACAAUUCCAAGCAUUUUUUUCCAGUUUUGUUAUUUUUGUUGUCUGAAAAUAGCAACAAAACAACAAACAAAAUAGAAAAAAGUACAUAAAAUGUUCCUUUCAUUUCUUCUUUUUCUUCCUCCAUUUUUCUAAUUAACACACCGUGGAUUAGUGAUUUCUCCGUUUUUGUUGUGUUUUUUUUGUUCCUCGGAGUUUUUCGGGAAAAAAAAACGAAAACCGGGGGAAUUUCGAAAUUGCUUGGUAAAUAUGAGCUAAAAUAUAAUAUGGUUUCGAAUUUCAUGAAAAAAUGCUGUGGGAUUUGAGAAUUUUAGUUUGGGGAAAAAUAAAAAAACUUGUUUUGAGUACGAUUCUGAAUUCCCAAUCGAAAUCAGCUAAUUGAAAACAAUUCGAAAAAUGAAAAACAAUUUCAAAUAACAGUUAUCAAGAGAGAUAGCUGAUAUUAAAAAUAGCAAAAUUGGGAGGGAAGAAAAAAGUUCAGAGUAUAUUGAGUUAGGUAAAAUAAAAUAAUUCAAUUUUGACACCCUCGUCUAAAGGAAGUCCCAGAGGCAACAUUUCCAAUUAUAUUCGAGGGAGGAUGCAACAAAAAUGUUGUGGGCGACAAAAAAAACCAACAAAAAUGAGAGUUUUCUAUAGUUUUCGAGAUGAGAAGAGGAAUGAAUGGGGAUGAAGACACGAGAAUUCCAGUUCCAAAACUACCUGAAAAUGACAGUCAAAAAAGCCCACUCUUGAUUUUGCAAGAAAAUUUCAAAAUUUCGAAUUGCGAAGAAGAAAUUUGCAAAAAAUACUCGAUCAGAAUGUUUUCUUCAGAAUUCAAAGCUGACGAUUUUUCAGAAAGUUUUAUUUUCAAAUUCUGAAAAUUGCCCCUCUCCAACAUGAUCAUCAAAAAAUAUUAGAUCCUGAUUUUCAGAAUUUUAAGUUUUGGUUCAGAAUUUUUUUAUUAGAAAAACCAUUUAAACUUCCGAAAUGUCAGAAUUCGCAAGAUCAGACACAAGUGCAAAAAUUUCUAGAUGUUAUUUUUUCUCCAAAAAUUGAAUUUCCUCCAAUUUAUCAUUGUUUUUUGUCCUGUCCUCUAUGAAUAUUUUAUGUUCUUUGUUGUGUCUGUCGUUUUUUCAAGAAUAAAAAUGUCUGCGAAGGGAUUUUUGAUGGGAAAUUUCGAGUAUAUCCAAUGAACAAAAAAAAACACAACAAAAUAUGCGUUUUGUUUUGUUAUUUUCUUUCAUUUAUAUCCCUUCUCUCACCUCAUUUCACACACAUACGAAAUUUUCAGUAAUCGUUUUCUUCUUUUUUUCCCUCCUGCAUGCAUAAUAAUUUCGAAAUUAACAAUAAGCUCAAAAAGUUACCAUAUUUAUUUUUUUUUCAAAAGAUCUCUCACUCUCUCCAAAAAUAUUCUCGUCAAAUUAUUCACAUAUUUCACCUGUUUUCCGCCUCUUCUCAAUUUUUGUUCUGUUUUCAGAACUCCACAUCAUUUUUUCAUCCUAUAAAAAAUCCUCUGGGAGUUUCAUUUUAAUGAGAAAAAUGAAAAAUAAAUUCGGAGAACUUUGAAAACUUUCUUCAUGAAUAUUUAUAAAGUUGAUAUAUUUGAAUAAUUAGUUUUUUUUUGUUUCCAUUUUCUAAUAGAAAAAAAUGUUUCACGAGAUGGAACGGAUGAUCUUUGAGGAGGGAAAAAUGUGGGAUUUGAGAUUUUUGAAACUCUGAGAAACUCCAGAAAAUGUGACCGGAUUUUCUAUCUGUAUUUUGAAAAAUGAGUCAAAAUUUUAAAGGCUCAAAGGUUGGUUCACCCAGGAAAAGCUCUCAAUGUGGACCUAAAAGUUGGUGGCACAAAAUAAUAUUUUUGAAAGGGCCUUUUGUUAUGUCGCGGGUGAUUUAAUCUUUGAUCCUAGGCCUGGAUUAGCACAGUCAUAUUAUUUUUAGGGCCCCAAAUUCGGAUCCGAAUAAAAGUUUUUUUUUGGAAGUUCGAAGAAAUUUGAAUGUGAUCCGAGAAAUUAAACUAUAUAUUUAAAACACCCGAAUUUUGAAACCAGAGAUUCCUCUAUUUAUUUUCAAAAUCAACGCCUAAAUGAUUCUUCUUCCCAUGAGAAAAUCCUAAAUUCUAUUGUCUUUCUCGUAUGUUUUUUUCGUUCUCAUUAUUCUGUGUGUGUUGUGUGUUUUUACGAGUUUAGUGAUGGCGGGUGGUCGAAGCGUAUAAAAAGAGCAGCACCCCAUAAAAUACACACAUAAACAAAAACAAAACGAAGAAGAAGAAGAAGAAGACUAUUGAAAUGUCUUUUUCAGAAGAACAAGAGCAAGUCGAUUUUCAAUUAUAAAUGUUUGGGUGUCUUUUUAUGUGUGUGUGUGUAAAUGGAUAAUGUACUUUUUUUCAUUUUUGCUGUUUUUUGAUGGAAAAAACUCAUCAGGGUACUGUAGUUCUCAAAUAUAAAUAAUUACCAGUUUGAAAAAUUUUGCCAUGGGAACCUUUCUUUUUGAAAAAAAAUUUAUUUGCGUAAAAAUUAAGUUACACUGAACUUUACAAAUUUGAGUAACUCGAUUCACCUUUGGAAAAAACAAAUCCUAAUUUUUUUUCUCAAAAUUUUCCUCUUUUCAUAAAACUUCUUCUACAUAAGUUAUAAUUUUAAAUUUCACCUGCAUAAUUUUUAUUUUAGAAAUUUUGAGCUAAAAAUAGACAUAGAAAACCUUUCAAAAUCUGCUGGACUAUCAUUCUAUUUCUAUUUUUUCCAGCCAUCAAUGCAUUCAAAUGGAAGUAUGUCUAGAAAUGGACAUAACGGAGACAGUCGAAGAAGUAGUAUGGUUGAUGCAACUGGAAGAUUUUGCAGUCAACCAAUGAGUGGAUCACCUGAGGUACAUAGUAUCUAUAUCUAUUUUUUGUGUAGAUUAUUUCAAAUCCUCAAUUUUUUCUUCAGAUUUUGGUUGGCCUUUGCUACGAUGAUAAACACGAAGUUGUGUCGGUGACAAUUGAUAAAGCAUCGUCACUUGGAAGUGAUGUUUCACAUCCACCAGAUUCAUUUAUUCGAAUUCUUGGACUCGACGAAUUCAACACGGAAUUGUCCAGAAACAAGACGGAGACUGUGAAACAUACAACUCAGCCAGUUUACAGCCAUCAUUGCUCGAUUCGGGUAAGUGCAAAAACUUCAUACAUUUUUCAUAAAACAAACAAAGAUUUGUUGCUAUGGUAAUUUGCUUUUGGAAUCGUAAAAAAAUGUGGAGAGACUGAAACAUUUUUUUGUUUUGUUUUUAGAAAUUGACAGGGGCAGGGAAGGGGCAAAUCAGAAAACAAAUGUACGCGGAAACAGAAUUUUUUUUAGAAAAAAUAAGAGAGACAACAAUAAAUAAAUAAAUAAAUAAUUUGCAGUUUUUAAAAGACAAAGUCGAAACAUCAACAAUCAAAAUCGAAGUUUGGACAGUUUCGGGAAUUCUUCGACGAAAACAACAAAUCGGUUCGAUUUCAAUCGGAUUCGCCAGCUCAACACCAGAUGCAAAUGAACAUUGGCAACAAAUGAUGCAAGGUGCUGGAAUUACAGUCUCCAAAUGGCAUGCAAUUCAAUCUCCCGAAUAA